AUGGUAUCACUAAGAUCGAUUUUGAAAGUGCUCUAUGCAAGCGAACGUGCAGAAGGUGUCGGAGCCAAGGUGAGAAGAUCCAUCGGUGUGACAGGGAUGAGAAACUUCACGCCGUUCCUCCUGCUUGACCACUUCAACGUGGCGCCGGAGGCUGGGUUCCCGGACCACCCGCACAGAGGCCAGGAGACGGUGACGCUCCUCAUGAAGAACUACAUGCUACACGAGGACUUCACGGGCAACUCCGGAGUGUUGAGACCGGGCGACUUGCAGUUCAUGACUGCCGGGAAGGGUAUCUGCCACUCGGAGAUGCCAUACUCGGAGGACGGAAGCAACGUCGAGGGCAUGCAGUUGUGGGUGGACUUGCCUAAGGAGUUGAAGGGCUCGAAGCCCAGGUACAGAGACUUGAGGGCGGAGGAGAUCCCGGUGGUGCGCGCCAACGACAAGGUGCAGGUCAAGGUGAUCUCCGGGAAGUCGUACGGCGUCGAGUCCGUGAAGGAGCUCGCGUACACCCCGAUGAGCUACUACUGGUUCACCGUGCAGCCCGGCGGAGAGUUCGAGCAGUACCUGGACCCGGACUUCAACGGGUUCCUGUACCUCUUGGGCGGCGAGUUAGAGCUCGAGACCAAGAAGGGCAAGGAGGCCGUCCAGGAGCACAACACCGUCUUCUUCAACAGGGACGGAGACGGCAUCAAGGGCUCUGUGCCUGCUGGCUCUGCCAAGGAGGCCAACUUCGUCGUCAUCUCGGGCAAGGCCUUGGACCAGCCGAUCGUGCAGUACGGUCCGUUCGUGGAGACGUCCAAGGAGGACAUCUACCGGGCCUACAACGACUACCAGAGCGCCUCGAACGGCUUCGAGCGGGCCAAGGGUUGGGCCUCGGAGAUUGGAAGCGGUGUCGAUGAGAAGCUUUUCAGAACCAAGUCCAACUCGCUCAUCCACGACGGCCUCUCUCUCCAUCCGGAGGAGCACAAGGAGAUUCCUGCCAAGGACGAGUUGUAA